UCAAAACCUGUUUCCAGUGACUGCUGGGAUUCCAAGGCUGGCUUUAUUCUGCAACUGCUAUAACCUGCUGCUAAAAAGAAAAGAGGGAAGCUGGACCCAGCUCAUAGUGGCUAAUUACGUUGGAGAAUUAAAUACAAUUACCAUGUUCUCAAUGUGAAACUGGAUUGGAAUUUUUUUUUUUUUAAACACAACCAAAUAAGCUUUUUUCUUCCCCUCUUCUUUUUCUAUACAUACAGUGGUAAUGUUGCAAACAGUCUGCAUGAGUCCUGAACUACUGGUCAAUCAAAACAUCAGCGAAAAUGAAAUCUGUGGCUAUAGUCCAGGCCAGGGAUCUCCACUGCCUGGAGAAACUGCCAGUCCCAAAAAUUAUUUUCAACAGAGCCCAUCAUUGCCAGACUCUGGAUUAACUGAAUUUAAUGCUGCAAGUCCCAAGAUGUACCUUCCUCCUCGAUGUAAACUUCAAGAGGUGUCUGCUCCCACUGACUCUGGACUUAGCUCUGAUACCCCUCAGAAGCGCUACAUGGGUGUGAGAGUAAAGAUGCCGGUACGGGAAUUACUGAGAAAAAUUCGGCUUUCCAAAGGCCUGGACCCAGCUCACAGCAAGGAAGCCUCAUUAAUGAAGAUGGUAACCAAAGGAUCCUCAGGAAAAACAGAAAAGAGAAGAGUUCACCCUUAUACAGAGAAACAGCUUAGACAGAGCAAGCAGAACAUUGGGCAAACGCUAAAAGGCUUAGAGGACCUUGAUAUCCUGGUGGAGGUACUGCAGGAAGAUUUGAACAAAAGCCAGUUGAAGAAGGAGUCUCUGCAUUCUGUGCCAGAUGGCUUUUGGCAGGGCUUCUCCACAGAUCUGCAAGCCUCUCGGUGGGAAACUGGAGGAAGCAAGCAGGCAGCUGGUGGCCUGCAGGAAAGAUGCCACAGCUUAACCAAGUUGCGUUCAUACCGCUAUUUUAAAGAUUUCAACUCAGUAUUGCGGGGAGAGGUAGAGCCUUCUUUUCACGAUGAUCAGAAAAACAUGCAAGAGUCCAACUCACCAGGAAUAUUCUCAAGGACAAGUGAGAAAGAGAGUAGCUGGUGGUUACAGGAUGAAUGUACAAGUACCCAGAAAGAUUUCCCAAGGCAUUCCUCACAGAACACAUCUACACACUUCAACCCAUCAGGAGGCUGUUCAGAGGUGCUUCUGGAAGCUAAUACAGGCUCUCCAGACAUUGAGGGACAUUUGAAGUUGACCCCAAUUUCUUUCACACAGCAGGAUCUCUCUGCCAUCUCUUUCUUCCAGUUCCAACUACACAGGGAAGAAAGUUUACUGAGAAAUAUCCCAGCGGAUAAGCUGCUUGCACCUGACGAAAACGGCAACAGGCUGCUGCACAAGGCUGUUGCUCAGGGAAGAAGAGCUCUGACUUACGCACUUGCACAGAGAUUUGCAUCCCUAAAUAAGAUCAACGAGAAGGAUGCAGAGAAACGGACUGCAUUACAUCUUGCUGCAGAAAAGAACCAACAUCUGAUGGUGAGUGACCUGAUAUCCCUAGGAGCUAAUGUCAAUGAACAAGACAGUUUGGGGAAAACGCCACUCCACCUGUGUGCAGAGAAUGGAUAUUUGAGAGUUUUAGAGGUUUUGAAAAACUGCAAAAACAAUGGCAUGCAUGUGGAAGUGAAUCUGACUGACCACUACGGUUUAACACCGCUACACUGUGCUGCUCUUGCCCACACUGUUUUAGUUACAGAAUCUCAAAAAACUGACAUCGAUACUGACAUGGGAAGGUUUCUCAGACUACGCAAAGAUCAAAUUCUUGAGGGAAUUAACUGCUUAUUACAAAUGGGAGGAAAGCCUGAGUUGCAGGUACUAAAUUCAUGUCAAAUUACCACUGCCUCUUUAAAAAUUGAGGAGAACACAGAACUCAUGUGUUUGCUUCAGACUCACAAACCUAAAGGACAGAACAUUCUUCAAGAGAGUUACAGUUUGUUGGAUGUUCCGAGAAGAAUGCCCAGUCCCUCAUCACCAGAUAGAUUUUCUGAACUUUUUUCCAUGUCAUCUUCGGACCUCUUUGACAUCACUCUUAAAGGUAUUUUGUGGUAGGAAAUUAAUUUUACCUAGUCAGGGUCUUUGUAACUCAACAGCUGUAACAUAGUAGCUAGCUCCAGUACCUUCCCUGCAUUGCUAUAUAACAAUUAAUCAUCAGUUCAUGUGGAACUAAUGGAAAAAUGCCCAAUGACUUAUAAUAGAUUUUGGAUUAACUCCAGAGUUUUGCACAGAAUCUCUUCUGCUUGCAGAACUCCUUACUCAUCCAAAACCAGGUAGAAAAUAAGGCAAUAAAUAUGUGGCACUAGAAGGAACACUUAGCACAUAGAUUGAACUGAAUAUUUGUUGGUUUAUUGCCUUCCAGGGAAAUGCUGAUAAGGGUCAUUAUCUGCAUCUCACGGUCUGUGUGCUGCAACUGUUGCUGAAGAAUAGACAGAGAACAGACAGUAAAAGUCUUCAAAUGUAUUAUAGCUUGAACUGACUGUUGAAAAUACCUCCUCAGUACCCAGAAUUAGAGAGUAAACUAAUAAAUGUGGAAAACCCUCAAGCUAGGUUUCAACAGUAUUAGGUGUUCAGUGUUAUAUGCUCUGGUAAAUGAAUAGGUCUUAAUUUUCUCACAAAGCUGAGCACUUGGACUUCUCUUUUGAAGUCCGUUUGAGUUGUAGGUGUUCUACAUUUUGAAGUUCUGACAAUUUUUUAAUGCAGGUGCCUAGCUUAAGAAAAAAAAUCCUUAAACUUUAGCCUCUUAGAGCCUAGUCUUGAGGGUACCAGUGUAAGAUUAGUCUCUACAGUCCGAACUUAAUGUUCAGAAGUGUUGAAAAUUUCAGACAAUAUGUAAUUUUAAACAUGAGCUAUGGAAACUCAGAAUCUGAUGGGCUAUAUUGAAUACUUUCUGCAGUCUGGCUCUGAGUUUGUCCAAGGCUGGAGUUGUCACACUUCAAGGCAGUCCUAUUGGAAAAAAAAAAAAAUCCCUCCAAAAUAAAACAUACCCCCACACUGUUACUGAGCAUGUUUUUUCAACAAAAAUCGAGCUCUUUAUUUAUGCAAUCAGAAUUUGCCACCAGUAAUGGGCUGUAGGUGAAGUCUGGGACAGAAAGUGUUUUGAAUCAGUUCCUUUCACUCUGGGUGAUCUAACAGAGGAACAGACCUUUAUAAAAUUUAAGUAUAUAACAACACUUUACAAGGAUCAUUUUUUUUAUACUAAGCAAUUUUGCAAGUUAGAAGGAUAACAAGGAGCUUAUUAUGUUCUGUGCUGCCAGAUAUCCAAGUAUUCAGUAGAAUUCCUAUAAGUUAGAUAAUUAUUGUCCAAAAAAAAAAAAAAUUCUCUUCCCAGACUUAGUAUCAUUUUAUUUUAACUUCUGAUUGUGAAUUAGCUGGUUUCUAUGAAACUUCCUUGUUUGCUACAUAUGGAGCAAUCUACAUUUACAUAACCUACAAAAUGACUGAUCCAGCAAUCAACACACGUACUGAAGUAAAUGGGAGAUUUUUCACGUGUAACAAUUGCAGGAUCCAGUGUUAAGUACUCAGCAUGUUUGGGGAAUAUUUUUUUAAUGAACUCUUUGCAUUUUCUUCUUGUAAAAAUGGUUGCUUUCCUCUUAUUGGAUAUCCUUAAGUGUUAAGCUCCAAGAGCUCUGUUGCACAACAUGAAUUAAGUUUUAUUGAAAAAUGUCAGUGUUUAAGUUAAUUCCAACUGCGAUUUGGGUCAUAUCCUAUGUGUCUUAUGCCCUUAACAGCUAAAUAGUACUCUUCUGUAUUUUCUCUGAAUGAGACAUGAUAAUUCAAAAUUUUUAAUUAUUUUAUAAAAUUAAAAAAAAAAAUUGUUAUUCACAUGAUGAGUUGUAUAACACUAUGGAAUAUUCAUCCACCUCCUUCCAUAGGCAUCCCUCACACUUUAAUCAUGUGAAGUCUUUUCUUUUCCCUUUUUGUCCCAGGUUUUACUUGGAAAUACAAAUAUUUUCCUCUCUGAUGAUUUUUCUCUGUCCCCCCCAUCACCACUCAUUCUUCCUUCAUGUUUGCAUUUUAACUCACAUCUGUUCUCACAGAACUUUUUAUUCAUUUGAAGAGAAUUAAUCUUCUAGGUUACUCAGCUUCCAUUCAUGUGAUUUAAGGAUCAGAUCCAACACCCACUGAAAUUAAAGACUCCUUAUUUUCAGUGAAUACUGACCAAGAAAUUCUGCAUCACAUACAGAACCAAGAAUGAAGCAGUAUGGUGAACUAAUAGAGAAGUGUAUCAAUAAGCAUUCUCAGUGAAGAAAAAUUAAUUGCUUACAGGAUCUCUUUAAAAAAAAAAAGUGUAGAAAACUAUCAUAUAAGAAUACAAUAUUAAUCAAGUUUUUAGUCACAUGGAAACCAUUCAGAUGAAAGGACAGGAACCUUAAGCUAUUAAUACGUAUCUUUUAUUCAAUAUACUCAAAGCUGAACUACCUUGUAAAGUAUAUUCUACAACAGUUAUACAUUAAUUGCAUUGACAUUAGUAGGUACGUUUUACAUUGUUUCAUUGUUCCUUCCUGUCAAUAAAUACAUUAUUUCAUGCAGUA